AGUGAGAGAGAGAGAGAACGUGUCCAUUAGCCGUGCAGUAGCAGAGGACUGGAUCUGUUGUGCGAGAGCUUUGACAGUUAGAACAGUUCAAUGGGAGACACAGAGAAUCAGUGAGAGUGAGAGACAGAAUAUUCUGGAACUUUCCUGUAACGGAGGGGAUUGCACACGUUCCUGACGGAGCUCUGAUGUUUCCUGUUCCACGCUGCUGAAGUCGGGCUCCUCCGGAUGUCCUAGCCGCAGUCACUUUGUAGUCAGGUCCUCUCGGGCAUCUGCCAGCCAAGAGUGACAAGCUUUGUGCUGCGUGAGACAUCCGUAGGAUAUCCCGUGCUGAUCCUGGGGGGGGGUUUUUGCUCCCUGUCCCCAAGGGACCUUCUGCAAAGCCGUUUAGAGUGGACCGGAUAGAUAGCGGAUUUUCAUGUGGGCCAGUGCGACUGCUGUUGCUUCUUACCUCAUGCGAACUUCACUGGGGAACCCGUCCUUCCUCCCAACCCCAAUUCGCCCAGCCGGAGGUCCACCAAAGCGACGGAAGUCCCGCUGCCAGUCAGUGUUCGGGUUUCUACACGCCCAGGAGGACUCAUACCCGGGAGGACUCGGCCCUCUGAACCAGAACGGUCACCCCCUGCUUCCCCCUCGCCCCCGCCGCCUGCCUGCUCACCCGGGACCCCAGGUUUCGGCGUUACCUGCUGCUCCAGCUCCGGGGACGUGCAGCUGACCGGGGCUCUGUGGAUAGCCUCCGUAGGAGCGAUGCUGACAGGCCACAAUAAUGUCACCACCGAGCAAGGCGUGGCCAGCACCUGCACCUCCACCACCGCCAACGCCACCACCUCCACCGCGGCCGACACUACCAACCGCCUUGCAUUGUUCUCGGAAAGUUGUGUACCUGUUGCAAAUUCCUUGAACUUUGGCAACUUUGGGAACCCGCUGCUUUUUGGCCCCGCCUCUUUGCGGUUGGCCCAGAUUAAGACCCAGUUGGCCCUGCACCAGCUCGGCGCGGUCGCCCCCGGUAACAGCGGCGUGCCGGCUCUGUCCUUGCUGAACCUGCUCAAGGUCACCAUGUCCCAUCCCUUGUACAACCCGCGGGGGGUGCCCUUCUCCGCGCAGAGGCCGGUCGUGUCCGGCCAGUACGGCGUGAACACGCAGUCCGUUCUCGACAUGGCGGGCGCGCGCCUGGGCCCCGCGGCCGGGCUAAUGCCGCUGAUGUCCCAGCCCAUGGGCUACCCGCUGGCCCAGCGGCCCCCCCCGGCCCUGCCGCAGGACAUGGAGUCCACCAUAGACAUGCACAUCCGCGGAGCUCGGGAGGAAGUCCGGCUGCUCAACCAGAUGAUGCACCACCAGAAGAUGGUGGACCCCCGCCUGAGGAAGGAGCCCAGGGAAGAGGCGCUGUCUCAGGGGCCCGGCUUCCCCCCGCCGAGGGUGCCCGGCAUACAAGACGAGCAAUCCACUAUGGACUGGUCCAACUACCAGAACCCAAACAAGCUCUUCGCCCCGCAAGUGAUGGCCCAGCCAUCCCCUCCUGCCCAGUUGUUCCCACCCUCUGGGUUUGGGACCCCUUCCGGGGGCGGCAGAAGGAGUGCCGAGAGCCAGCCUCCUCCGGCGUCCGUCCCCGCCGAACGCCGGCAGUCUCGCUACACCUCGGAGAGCGCCAGCAGCAUCCUGGCCAGUUUUGGACUUUCCAACGAGGACCUGGAACUCCUCAGCCACUACCCGGACGAGCAGCUGACGCCCGACAACCUGCCCUUCAUUUUGCGAGAUAUCCGGGUCAGGAAGGCCAAGAGGGGCCUGCCGGACGUGGACCACCGUCGGGCGUCCCCCGCCGUGCCGGACCGCCUGGGCGGCGAGCCGCGUCCCAGCAAGGUCAUAGACUACGGACACUCCAGCAAGUUCGGCUACCCCGACGAGAGCCAGGACACUUUCAAGCACAAGCAGCUCGCCGCGGAGCCCCCGAAAUACGCCCGGGACGUGCCCGUCGCCGUCCCCGUUUUCCCCCCGGCGGACGCCAAGCGGCCCCAGUCCGGACCCGCGGCCAAGAAAGCGCCGGUAGACCAGAGGAAGAAUCCGCCCAGCGCGGAGGACAAGGCCGGCAAGAGUGCCUCAGCCAGGGAGUCCCUGCCCGCCCCCGGCCGGCCCACGGCGGGGCCCGCCCUGCCCGCCCACGGCAUGCGGGGCAACCUGGUGAACCUCUCCGAGGCCCCCGCCACCGCUCCUCCGAAGCCCUUGUUCGUCGCGACGAAGCCGGCCUGGUCCCCGCAGUUCCCCCCGGGCAACCCCGCGCCGCUGAAGAGGCUGCCCACGCCCACCAUGAUGAACGAUUACUCCGCUGCAUCCCCGAGAAUCUUUCCCCAUACGUGUUCUCUCUGUAACGUAGAAUGUGUCCAGAUAAAGGACUGGAUCGAGCACCAGAACACCAGCAUUCACAUCGAGAGCUGUCGUCGCCUGCGGAAACAAUAUCCUGACUGGAACGUGGAGACUAUUGCAGUUUCCAGGACCGAGAGGAAGCCGCCCCAGGACCGGCGUAGCCCGAAGCGGCGAACGCGUUCUCCGUCCAGGUCCCUGUCGUGGUCGCGGUCGCCCAGCCCCUGGCACUACCAUGGCCGCUCGGGGUCACGCGGCCGGCGGCCUCGGUCCCGGAGCCCGCGGCGGUACCGGCGGUCCCGCUCCCGCUCCCGCUCCCGCUCGCCCCGGCGUGCCGCCCGCCCCCCCGCCCCGCUGCCGUCCCGCCGCCGGUCCCGCUCCCCGCCCGCCCGCCGGACACGCUCCCGCUCCCGCUCCCGCUCCCACAGCUACACCCGGCGCUCCCCGCCCCGCGCCGCCCGCCGCCCCAGCCCCCGCCGGCCCAGCCCCCGCCGCCCCAGCCCCCGCCGGCCCAGCCCCCGCCGGCAGCAGCGCUCCUCUAGCAGCGAGAGGCUCGCCAAGAAGCUGAUCCAGUCCUCAGGACUGUCUGUGACUCAGAACACCACCCUGGAGGCCAUGAUGGAGUCCCUGGCUCCCGCGCUCAUGGCUGAGCUGGCCAAGAAGAAGAGCGGCUCCUCCUCUGCCUCCACCAAGACCGUGCCUGGAAAAACAGCCCCCUUAAAGUCCAGCUCCUCCAAGAAUCUGAAAGGGAAGAAGGGGACCCCGGCUGCCUCCCGUCUCCUGCGGCUGAAAGGCGUGCCCUUUGCCACCUCCCACCAGGAGCUGGUGGAGGCCCUGGAGCCCUACGGGGUGGUCAGCAGCGCCACUCUGUUCAAGAAAAUCGGAGAGGCGACGGUGUACAUGGAGACGGAGGAGGACGCCAAAGCCCUGGCCACCUGCAGGAGCCUGGUGAUACGGGGCAGAAGCAUCACCGUCUGCAUGGACAAAGACACGACGAGAGAUCACAAGGCGAAGUCUGUCGUAGCUAAAAGGAAGGAGGCGCCUUCAGCCAAGCAGCCCGCGGGCACGAAGGCGAAGGUGCCUGCCAAGAAAACAGAUGGCAACCCGACUCUGAAGAAGCUAGUAAAGAAGGAUUUGUCCAAGAUAUGUGUCGUCCAGAUCGGGGGUCUGCCAGAGAGUGGCUAUGCCGUGGAGGACCUGAAAAUGCUGGCCGACCCCUUCGGCUUCACCUCUGGCCCCGUCGUCGCCUUCCAGCAGAAAAUGGCGUUAGUGGAGAUGCCAGACCAGGACUCUGCGAACGCCAUGUUGCAGGCCUACAAAGAGAGCCCCGCCAAAAUCCAGGACGACCAGCUGAGCUUUGAGCAGAUGACCCGGCCCGUAGAUUUACGCAGUCCGGAGUCGUUGUUCAGAGCAUUCAUGGGAAUUGACAAGGCCACGGAAGCUCCAAACCUCGCGGACCGCCUCCUUAUCGUCAGCAACGUUCCCGCGGGGCCAAGCCCAGCGACAGAGGUCCAAGAGCUGAUCAAGCGCUUUGGGAGCUUCAAGCAGGUCCUGGUACUAAAUCACAGGAUCAUUUUGGAAAUGGAUACUCCAGCCAUUGCCAAGGCGGUCUACAGUCGUUUCCAGAAGUUUCCCUGCAUCGUCCAGAACAACCCCCUCUCCUUUUCUGUCCUCAAGAAGCCUGUGAAAGCCUCGGAGGAGGUCAAGAAGAAACCUGAAGUUAAAGGCGCCAGACAGGCCGCCAAGUCCGUCUCCGCAGCUAAGAAGGCCUCAGCGGCCUCUAAAACCAUGGCCGCCGGCUCCAAAGGCGCACCCACUGUCCCCAAAACCACAGCUGCUGCAGGCAAAGCCAAAGCGUCCAAGGCUCCCGCGAACACGACCGCCCCUGCGGCCAGUAAGGCCGAGAAGCCUGCUACAACCAGCGGUACCGUCGCGCCCAAAACUGAAGAACCAGUUCCCGCAGCGCCCCCUGGUGUCACCCCCGCCACCGUAGCUGCUAAUGAACCCUCCGCCGAACCCAUUGGGCCACCGCCAGAGGGCCCCGUAGCAUCUGCCGAGAGCCAGAAGGCGGAGACCACAGGCGAUCAGAAAAGCCAGAUUGAUGUCCCCAAUGGGGAUCAGGGUACGGCUGAAGCCUCCCCUCUGGAAGCCAAAGAGGACCGGGGGGUGAGCCAGGAGGCCUUACCGAGCAACACGGCUCCUGCACCACCGCAGGGCGAAGUCGCCAACUCCGCCGCGGUCGAGGGCAAGGACCUCACGGCCACGGAGGAGGAGGUGGACGACUCCAAACAGGACUGCAAGCCCGCGGCAGCGGCCAAGCCCGAGAGCGCGGCGGCGGCGGCGCCCGCCGUAAAAGCGCCGCCCGCCAAGGGCCCCGUCCCGCCAGCGGCCGGGCCGGACCAGAACCAGAAGCCGGUGGACUUCCCGCCGGUGACGCCCGAGAUCCUGCGGGCGCUGGAGGCGGCGGUGCACGAGUGCCGCAUGCGCUCGUCCCUCCGGCGCACCGAGGAGGCCGCCAAGGCCGCGCCGUCCCCGCCCGCGGAGAAGCCCCGCGCCCGCCCGCAGUCCGACGACGAGCUGCCGCCCGUCACGCACCGCGGGACGUCCUCCGGGUCCUCCACGGGGUCGCGCCGGAGCAGGCACGACGGCAGCCCCGUCCCGCGGAGGGGGAAGGAGCGCGACGCGCCCGCGGAUAAGCACAAGAACUCAAGUAGAACCUCAAAGUCAUCGGGCAGCUCCAAAGCUGCGGGAUGCAAAAAGUCCGAGGAAGACGCGGUGGACUUCACCGCGGACACCUUCCCCUUCGACCUGGACGAGUUCGUCACUGUGGACGAGGUCGGGGACGAGGCGGAGGGUUCCUCCCAGGAGGAGCCCCUGCAGCACUCCACGCCCGUCCCCGAGAGUCCCAGGACGCGCAAGAGGACCCGGGAAGGCACGAAGGGGGCUUCCGCCUCGCCGCCCGCAAAGACUCAGAAGAAACCGAGCCCUCCCGCUCAGAAAUCGCAGAAGAAACCGGCCCCGCCGUCUGCCAAAGCCAAGCAGGCCAAGAAGGUUCCGUCCAAACCUGCCAGUGACGAGGAGGGGCCCAGGGUGUCUGCAGAGGGCGCCGUUGUGGAGGUAACGAAGAUGGAGUCUGAAACCUCCAAAACAGAGGUGCAGAAGGAAGGGGAGAGGGAAGAGGAGCAUAAGCUGGAGGUGCAGAAGAUGGAGGAGAAGGUGGUGGAGGAGAAGGUGGAGGAGCAGAAGGUGGAGGAGGAAAAGGCCGAACCUUCUGGACCCCCCGCCUUGGAAUCUCAGCCGGGUGUGGAUAUGGAGGUUUCUGCUCCGGAAAGUGCUGCCAAGGUGGUGGAGACCAAAACGGUGCAGGCGGCGUCCGACACCACAACCGUAGAAGCAAUCACCACCAAGGCUAUGGAAAGCCAACCGGAAGAUCGAACGGAGGAGGGGAGACCCGCUGUGGAAGAGAAAGACGAGCCUACGAGUGAGACCACUGCUCCCUCCGUCCCUGCUUCCCAGAAAUCCCAAGAGCCACCUGUGGAGCAGUCUCCCGUGGAGACUGGUCUGACGGAUGCGGUUCCCAAGGAGACCGUUCCCAAGGAGACCGUUCCCAAGGAGACCGUUCCCAAGGAGACCGUUCCCAAGGAGACCAUUCCCAAGGAGACCGUUCCCACCGACACAGGUGACCAGGUGCCUGCCGAGGAGAAGCAGGUAAAGAAGCCGGAGCCGUGUGUUAAGAAGUCUUCUCAAGGACUGGCGGCUGCUCUGGUCACACUGGAUGAGGUGAGCGAGGAAGAGGAGGACUACCCCGAUGAAGAGGAGGAGGAGGAGCUGCUGAUGCAGCAGAACGAGGGACUGGUAACCGUGGACGAAGUGGGUGGGGACGAGGACCCCUACCUGCAAGCAGUGAAGGAUCUGCAGGCCCUGGUCACCCUGGACGAGAUCGUGGAGGAGGAUGAUGAUGAGCCCAACUCCGAACCCUUCCCCUUCAGCCUGGGGGAGGAGACGGGCGACACUUUCACCCCUGAGGCGCUGUUGACCCUGGAUGAAACGCAGGGCGACGAUGAAGAAGCGGGGGAAGAGGACGUCAAGGUACCAAGCCCCGAGAAGUCCACGGGAAGUCCUGCUAUUCACGAGGCACUGUUGACCCUGGACGAAACGCAGGGCGACGAUGAGGAAAUGGAGGAGGGAGGAGUCGAGAUGCCGAGCCCCAAGAAAUCCACCGGCUCUCCUUCCGUCCGGACAGGUGAAUGUCUGAGAGAGGGUUCAGGUUUGGCGCCGGCAGACUCCCCCGUGGUACCCUCAGCCGAGCUGGCCGAGCUGGUGGGAUCUCCCGGCUUCGAGGAAGGGUGCUGCGGCCUGGAGGAGCUGCGGAGGAUGAAUUUUGUUACUGUAGACGAGGUCGGGGAGGAAGAGGAGCAGCCGGCGGAGGAGGCGGAACCAGCGCCAAGCCCCGCCGGGAGGGCCGGCCGGCCAAAGAAGAGGCGGCGUCAGACCUCCGUCGUCAGGAAAUCGACCAGAGGGAGGCCGUCUUUGGCUGUGAAGAAAGAGGAGGAGGAGGAGGAGAAGCCUGCUGUGACCCCCAGCCCUGAAGCCCCUGCGGAGGGCUUAUUCGUUGUCCGCCCCGCGGAUGCCGAGAGCCAGGACCCGGAGCCUCGGACCGUAAAGUGCGAGGCGUCCGAGGAUGUGCCCGACCGCGUGUCGCUUCACUCUAGACAGGACCCAAAGUCCAACGGGGAUAAAACCCUGCCAGAGGAUCUGCAGGAGAGCCGUUGCACGACCAACCCCAAAGCCCUGAUCAAAGAAGAGUCUACGUUGGGGAGAGAGGAGGGCCUGGGAGGGAAACCGGAUGCAAAGAAGCACAGAACACAGUCUCCCCUUCCCACAGACUACAAGAUGCCUCCGUUCUCUCCCAACAACCCCAUUGGUUUGGAGUUCGUGGUCCCAAAGACGGGCUUCUUCUGCAAGCUCUGCUCCCUGUUCUACGGCAACGAGGACGCUGCCAAGAAGAGCCACUGCAGCAGCCGCAAGCACUAUCAGAACAUGGAGAAAUAUUUCCAGAAGGAGUGAGGGGGGCCCGGUCACAGCUCCCCGUUUGAUUGGUUCCUCCCUCCCUCCCCGUUCACCUCCUCUCCUCUGGGUUCUUCACAUUCAUGGGUCCAAUUUCACUCAAAAUUGUACAUUUGUUUCCUUUUAGGAGUUCAUAACUAUUCAUUUAAAGAGAGAAACAGGCAAAAAAAAAAAAAAAAAAAAAAUGCAAGUGUGUAACACAAUAAACUUGAGUUUUAUUUAAAA